GUUAAUCACAUUUAAUGGUGAUUUUAUGCAGAAUGUGAGAGAAAUAUAGGAAAUUCCAAAAAGGUAGAUAGUUUUUUAUCUCACUGUAUACAUGGUUUUCCCACUUUCCCAGUCCUUUUUAAACCAUAGUGAACAAGUUUAGCCAGUCAAUCCUUGUAAAAUAAAACAUGGACACGCACUAUCGAAAAUGAAUAUAAUUGACUGUUCAAAACUUUUGAGACAUUUGGAGCAUUUCAAAGACGUGCUAGUAAUCCUGUUAAUCUUUUAACCCUGUUCUUCAAAACUAAUGGAGUUUGUCAACUCUUCCUCGGAUUACGCAUGUGUAACACUGUUCCACUUUCCUGUUUGUGAUUUGUUCACUCAUUUGGUGAGCAGUAGCACAACUGUUUUUUUGCAGUUGGAGUCAUCAUUCAUAUAGCCAGAUGCUCUCCUGCCUUUUAAAAUAAAAUAUUAUUCUUUAUUUCAUGCUUUCUUAUUUUUUCACUCUGAUGACAACAGUUGGAUUUCCAUUUGAUUCAGCACUUUCUUCACAUUGGUGAAAAUGAUGUCAAAGGCUCCAAGGUGGCCUGAGGUCCUGGCCAACACAAAAAUUCAUAAACCUACACAAAAGAAAGGAGGAAAGGAGACAUCAUCAUUACCAGUCCCCGUAGCUAAUAGAAGUAAACAAGCCGACAGCACUGCAGCGAAAAUCACUUUAAAUGGUGGAAGGAGUAACAGCAUCAGCAAUGGAGAUGGUAGAGAAGGUGCCACUUUGAAGAGAAGCAGCCACCAAGGUCGCGAAGGUCUUUGGGUUUCCAGGCCGUCGUCUCGUCCAUCACGACCUGCUCCCAAACUUUGUAGCAGCCGGAGCUUUUCAUCCCUGCACACCUCUUCCCUCACUACUGCUCCAUUCAUGAGGAGCAGUCGCUCUCUCAACAGACUAGACAAGAGAUCUGCAGGAGACGAAUCUGAUGAAAAUGCUCAAGUAAAGAAAGACAUAUCCUCUGGGAGUAAAAAACUCUUUUGUAAAAAGUUGUCCACCUCUAAGGAGCCACUCAGGACAAACAAAGGGCGGUGUCGUGGCGACAUUGAUGAAAAGAAGGCGAUGAGCAGCUCCUCUGAGACACUGGAAUCGUCUUCCUCUGAGGUUUCUAGCACUGCAUGUUUUCAUCAUGGUGACAAAGUCAAAAAAGAGAACAAAGAUGGAGGGUACUCACUGGUGACUACUACGAAAAAUGUGAGGCCCGAACUUGAAAGUUCACAAUCGAAACUAAACAAUAAGGAUGAUUCCAAAGAGGAGCAUCAAGAGACCACAUGCCAUGAAGGUGCUGAAGACUCUGAGAAAUCAAACGAAGGAGUAAUCAAACUGCAGCAAAAGAUGGAAGAAACAUCUGCUGAAAUUAGCUCUGUGUCAUCUCCCAGCCUUUCGCCCACCUCAUCACCCUGCACUGAUUCUUCAUCUCCUAUCAAUCCGAUACAGCAUGUGGAAGACGGCAAAGAGGGCUCUCCAUUUUCACCAUCUUGUGCGAUACAGUCAAAUGAGGAUAGUUCUGAUCAAGAGCGUCAUCCUUGUGAGUCUGACAGAGGGCAACUUGUCAAAGAGUUGGAACAAACCCAAAAGGAAUUGUCUCGGCUUCAACAGUUAAACGGAAACCUGCAACAUGAACUACAACACGAAAGAGAGCGUCACUUAAGUGAAAAGAAUGAGCUUCUGUUCAAUUCUAGCCCUACAUCUGAGCCAGUUUCGACACUGCGGCGACUCCAAAAGAUGAACCAGGAGCUUCGAGCUGAGUUGGAGACACAAAAGAGGACACAUGAAGAAGCGAGAGAAGCUGAACUACGUAAGAGAGUGGACCUAUUAGCUCAACAAGCGCAACUGCUCGUGACGGGAGAUGCCACCGCGCUUGCUGAGGCGCAUCUAGAGCAAGAACGCAAAUGGUUCCACGAGCAACGAGUGGAGUGGGAACGUUCCGUCACCUCUUUGAAGACAGAACUGAACAACGGGGAGGAAAAAUGGAAAGCCUCAGAGCUGCGCCUGCUGGAACUGCAGGAGGAAUCAUACAGCAGGAAGGAGGAGGUCGAGGUCUUGAGGAAGGCUCUCCGAGAGGCCACAGUGCAACUCCGCGCGAACGAGGACGCGCAAGCUCAAAAAGAAACUCUCUUACAAAAGCACCUAGCACUUCUUCAAGCGAGCCAGGACCGAGAACGAAAAAGUUUGUCGGCCAGUUUGGCGCGGUCGGAGCAACACUCGCAAGAACUUCAGGAGAGACUGGAUCUAGCCGAACAGCAGGUGGAGAGCUUCGAUACUGUACGCAUGUGGAGCAGGGACAUUGAAGAGAAUCAAAAGCAACUUCAAGAGGAGCUGGCUUCAUCAGUGGUUGCUGCGCAAGAGUGUCGAGAUGAAAAAGAGCGGCUUGAGCAACGAUGUCAAGAGCUACAGAAGCAAUUGAGCGAGACGCACGAAGAGGUUAGUGGGCUCCACAGUUGCUUAAAAACAGAACAGACUCACUACCAGGACCUUAAAGAUUCACAUGAGAGCAUUUCAGAGGAACUACUGGAUGUUCUGGAGAAGACACAGCAAAGGGAGGCUGAAAUUCAAGAAACGUGUGACGGCUUUCAGAGGCUCCUCGAUAUCAAAGAACAAGAAUUGAAUGAGGUUUUGCUCAAGAUGGAAGUCUUAGGGAAUAGCCUGGAAGAGACUGAAGCUCAACUGAAUGAGAUGCUCCGAGUUUGCACCUGUGCUUCUUCUCACGUGGAGGAGGAGUCUUUGGAGGCUGAGGAAACAGUGGAGCCUCAUUUGACAAGUGACAGCAGAUCAGAGGACAUGUUUUCAACCAGCCCGAAUGACGAGAGCAGCAAUCAUCACGCCAGAGUUCGGUCCUACUCACUUGGCCCAUCUCAUCAGUACAUCAUCACUUCAGGAGACGACCCGGAACGGUUCACAUCCGCCAUUCAGUUACUCGAAACUAAGCUUUUCGUAACAGAGGAGAAACUGAGAGAAAUUACCGAACAACUGGAGGAAGAUCAGGAUCACCAAAGCUGCCCGGAGCUCACUCGAAGUCUAGAUUCGGCCCGUCGUCUCUCCCUGCUGCUUCAAAGUCAAACCGAAGCGAACCGGCGCUUCGCUCGGGAGACGGAGACCUUUUGCGGGCUUCUGGCCGGUCGUUUUCAACUCGCACUGAACAUCGUACGAAGCUGUCGGGAGAAACUUGAAACUAGUACCGCUAUUGAGUUGACCGACUUUGAGAGGAGACUGUCAGCUGUUGAGGCGUGCCUUCAGCAAGGACAGAAUGAUGCAGAGAAACAAAAACACGCAUCUUUCAAUGCCUACAGAGCGGAGGACACAAUAUCUAGUGAUGUAUUGACUGGCAUUGAAAAUAGGGAACUCGCUUACAUGGUACAUUCAGAAGAUAGUCCAAGUGUUGGGGAAUAUUUAAUGAGAGAAUUAAUCAUAGUUGAAAAAAUUUUGGCAGCCUUAAGGAGUCCAAAUGAGCAACUCACAUCUUUAGUGCCAAAAGAAGAUGGUAUGUCUGUGGCAAACACAUACAAAAACAUUAUCUCUCAAAUACUGACCUUAAAUAAGACACGAUUAGAGAGCUCUAACGAGGACCACGAACUUAUCGUUAAAGCCUGUAGUGAAGCGGAGCUAAUUUAUGCUGCUUUUAAAAUCCAGCAUCAUUAUCAGAAAGGCUACAAAAGUGAAGGUCCGGAGGACACCUGCCCUACAGACUUCACACCCCAAUCCGAGCGAGAGAACAAAGAGGGUCUUCAAUGUGAGAAAAAGCCACCCUGGUUAGAAGGACUUGUAACCAGACUGCAAAGAAGAGCUCAAUUCGUUUGGCAGCUCAGUCAGGAGAUGACAUGCAUGGAUGAAAACUAUGAAACAACCUCUGUAGAAGACAUAAAAUGGAUGCAGGAACAAGCCAAACUGGUUUAUUUGUCAGACAGGCUGUACUUAGAUUUGGAGCAGGAGCAGCGGCGACGUGUAGUGCUACAGGACAAACUUCAGGCUUUGUGCAAACAGCAGGAUGCCUCAUUAAAGGAUGAGCGGGAGGUUUUUAAUCACACCUUAUGUGAACUCAAGGAGGACAACAGAGAGGAACUGGAGCACGCUGAGGGUAAGAUAAUCUCCAUGGAGAUGGGAGACUGGCGACUCUGUGAAACUAAACAGAGAAUUGAGGACUGCCAUGAAAAAAGAACACAAAAACAAGAGUUUCAAAAGAAAAUACAGCGUCAUAUCCAUGAAGAAGAGACGCAACAUUUGCAAGAACACCACAUGGAGUAUUUUAUGUGUAAAGAAAAACACACUGAAAAUCGCACAGAUGUGCCCUCGUUGCAUGAGGGCAGCUCGUCCCUGGCAAAGCGGCAAGAAGUCAACCAGAAUGACUUUGAAAAGCACCAGCUCUUCAAUGGGGAGCCUUUCACUUGCAUGGAGGAAAUGAAAAGGCAACUGCCGCAGCAUGGGAAACAGGCGGAAAAACUGGAAAAAGAGCAGCCAAAGUUGGAAGAGACAGCUACCAAAAUCACAUCUAACGCCAGGAUAAAGACAACCCAUAAAGAUGACCUGGAGAACGGUGGACAGCCUCAACACGCCUAUGAGAUCGAUGAUAUCGCACAGAUUCACACUGAAUAUCAAAAGGCGAUUGAGUUGCUGAAUAAGGAUCUCGAAGUGUUGUCGCUUCAGCACACUCAAAAAUGCCUUGAGAACUCUCAGUUAAAAGGAGAGCUGCAGUUUGAGAGAAAAUCCUUCAGGAAGCGAAGAGAAAGCCAAGAGAGCAAACCGGAACAGUCAAGUCUGCAUGCAUUUGAGGCUGACUUACACUUCCUGAGACAAGAAGUGUUUUCUCUCAGGAAGGAGUUGAAGCUUGCUCGAAUGGAUACAGUGCACACACCAAGCAAAAUGAGGGAUUUUUACAAGAACCACCAUGAUGAACCCUAUCAAGGUAUAAAGGCAGCACGUGAAGAUCUUACAUUUGCCACCCUGCCUUCAACCAGAAUUACAGCUGGACAGAACCGUGAUGGCAACACAGCAAAUACAAGCAAUGCUGCGUCAAUGAAGAAAACAGACAAACCUUCUCUCCUACGUCGGUUAAGAGCAGUGAGGUCAAAGAGUUUGAAAGAAGGGUUUUCUGGCCAAGAAAAGACAAAGCUGUUUGAUUAACUACAAUAAACCAAAGAUUUUUGCUUCCAAAAAUAUUGAAGCAUUACGUUGCAACAACUUGCCUCUUUUACAAUACAGGGACGUACUGUUUGAAAUAGACUUUGUCUUCGUGUGUGGGUGAGCGUGUGUGUGAUAAAGGACUGAAAAUAAAUUUUAAAAAAUAAAAUAAAAUAACUGCGAUUGACUUAUUUCACCACUAGAUGUAGCAUGGUGCAAACUUUCUUACCUUACUGGUGAAUGACCUGUAAUAGCUACAGAAUUGCCACCACAGCAGGCCACUAUCACCCAUGUUUAAAGUUGAUGUACUGAACUUGGCCUCAGAUAACCUUGAAUUGCUCAAUACUGUAUGCAAUUUUAGGCUUUAAGUAAAAAAACAACAAAAAAAGGAAAAAUCAAUACUUUUAACAUACGCUCACUGUUACACUCACACACAAUACUACUAACGGGUUGGACCCCCUUUUGCCUUCAGAACAGCCUCAAUUCUUCGUGGCAUAGAUUCAACAAAGUGCUGGAAGCAUUCCUCAGAGAGUUUGGUCCAUAUUGACAUGAUGGCAUCACACAGUUGGUGCAGAUUUGUCGGCUGCACAUCCAUGAUGCGAAUCUCCCGUUCCACCACAUCCCAAAGAUGCUAUAUUGGAUUGAGAUCUGGUGACUGUGGAGGCCAUUUGAAUACAGUGAACUCAUUGUCAUGUUCAAGAAACCAGUCUGAGAUGAUUCCAGCUUUAUGACAUGGCGGAUUAUCCUGCUGAAAGUAGCCAUCAGAAAUUGGGUACAUUGUGGUCGUAAAGGGUUGGACAUGGUCAGCAACAAUACUCUUGUAGACUUUGGCAUUCCAACGAUGUUCAAUUGGUACCAAGGGGCCCAAAGAGUGCCAAGAAAAUAUUCCCCACACCAUUACACCACCACCACCAGCCUGAACCGUUGAUACAAGGCAGGAUGGAUUCAAUCUUUCAUGUUGUUGACGCCAAAUUCUGACCCUACCAUCCGAAUGUCGCAGCAGAAAUCGAGACUCAUCAGACCAGGCAACGUUUUUCCAAUCUUCUAUUGUCCAAUUUCGAUGAGCUUGUGCAAAU